AUGUCCGGUCUGGCGCCUUCUGACGCCGCGUCAUCUGCGACCUCCGACACCCCUCUCGAGUUCAUCCUGCACGUGUUAUGUCCAUCUCUACCUCCACCGAACCGGUUUACCUUCAGAGACUUAACCGCGUCCCAUACUCUUGCCGAUCUUAAAGCGCGGAUAUCCCAGAUUCUUCCCAAUCGACCCUCUCCAGAGCUCCAGCGAUUGAUUUACUGCGGGAAGCCCCUGCUGGAUGAUAGCGUUAGCUUGCAGCGCAUUUUAGGCCCAGUAAAUGGCGCUGAAUAUUCCAUGCAUCUUGUCCUCCCGCCCAAACCGCCGUCACUUAGCCCGACAGCCUCAACCUCGCCUGCCUCGGCCCCACGGUCCCCAGCUGGUGUUUCUGCAUAUCAGAGUCCUUUCAUUCAUAGCCGAUCGGUACCGCCGAGCUCGAUACCAAAUGGUGGACAGAGUCUCAGAUACAGGGGCCCAACGACCCCUGCAGUUCCAAACGAAGCGGAGAUUGGGUUAGCGCUGCGGCGUAAUAUCGAAGCCAUUCGUCAACAGAUCGAACAGCGAGAGCGAGACGCUUCUUCUCUACAAGGACAACAUAGCAAUGCGACAUCACUUUCAAAUCCCCUUACCUCACCACAGCCAGCCGCGUGGCCACGGACGUCGCAAAGUCUAUCGCAGCCUCCAACGACUGCAACAACAUCCCAAUUCUCACACUUACCGUCGCUUGGACUCCCAGAAGAUCCACAACAGAGCUUGCGCAUCAUCCGGCCCCAGAUUGCUCUGUGCGAAGAACAACUUAAUCGAGGAAUUGCACCUCCAAUGGACCAGAUCAUUUGGCUCCGAAGUCAGUUGUUUGCGCUCCUUGAUGAGCAGUAUCGAAACCCCAACGCAGAACGGGAUGGUUCGAUUGAGUCCUUACUCAGUCGCGUCUUUAAUCUCUACACUCGAGCGGACCAAAUGCGCGUCACCCAAUGUAGGACUGCCCCGGCUAACAGACCGGUCGACGGUCUUGCGGCUUCCGGAGCCAACGCUCAAGCACAGACGCCCCUGUAUCUCCUAACAUCACCCACGGGAUAUCAAGCUCUUGUAUCCCCGCAACGGCAAGAGACCAUCCACACCACCCUCGAGGCGCUUCGUGCGGCGCAUGAUGCCCAGACAGCGCCUUUCGCUGGCGCCGCGCAUCCAAAUGCGCAAAACAACACACAGCCUAACGUAAUGGAAAACGCCGUUCGCCGGGCGGCAGUCAAUUACCCGCGCCAAUUCCCUUUCCCACGACCCGUCCGCGAUAACGAUAACAUGCUGGCCCGGAACGUGCGACGCGUGUGGCUCUUUGUGCGCCUGUAUUUCUUCUGCUACAUGUUCAGCGAGCCGGGAACUUGGUCGCGCGUGUUCGCCAUCUUGAAGGACUCGUGCAGAAUCUACCCCAUGAGCGUGCGGAUGGCGGAGACCCCGCAGGGCCUGCGAACGAACCAGCGCAACCGCCCCCGGGUGGCGCAUCUCUCCUGA